UUGCGAAUAACAGAUACUCAGUGCUCAGACACCGGGUAUCACCACAUACUACCCACAGCAAACAUGUGUUUCCAAGUCCCCUUCACUCCCGCCAUCUGCCGCACUUGUGGCUCUACCAAGCCGAUCCCUGAUGAAAAGAUUCGUUGCCCCACGGCUCAAGAGUUGGGUAUCGAGUUUGAAGGUGACUAUGUCAACAAGUGCCCCAAUGGAGUGAGAACCAUCACGGUCCAGCAAAAGGCGGAUAAAGAGUUGGAGAGGGCUGUGGUUUGUCUGGUCUGUGUGUUUAUCGAAGGAAUUUGA